UCGUAUCGAGUAUUUCGUCACACGGAAUGGUAUCAGAUGUAAUAGUGUCGGAUCGAGCAACUCGACACUCAAUAUUGGAUCCGAGAUGGGAGCUAGUACCGUCGUAGGAUCUCGAUCUAGUGUGAUAUAUCAAAAUACAAUUCAUACGGCGUCAACAUCGACUCUGCGUUCAAUAUUGAGUUUGCCAAAUCGAACUCUUCGAAAGUUUUCCUUCUCCGCAAGAGACACCAGGAAGCUAUCCCAACAGUUGAUCGCUACGGCCUUCCGCGGUGACGAUGAUCGCGUUUAUGAACUACUUGAAGCUGGCGCGGAUGUCAACUACAAAGAAAAUCAGCGCAGAGUAGCCAUCUGCAGCGCAGCCUCGCGCGGCCAUACCAGCACAGUGAGGGUUCUGCUCGAGAAUCAUGCACGUGUCGACUCGGUGGAUGGCCAAGGCAUGACUCCAUUGAUGUGGGCUGUGACCACGGAAACCGAAGACCUAGUUGAGCUUCUUUGUAGCUAUCACGCGAAGCUUAACAAAAAGGACAAGAAAGGCUCUACAGCUUUGCACAAGGCCGCUUCCGGGAGACCACGAAUGACUGAGUUGUUGUUGUCCAAAAACGUCGACUACAAUGUACCAGACCAGGAUUCGAUGCGACCCAUCAACUUUGCUUGUGAAAAGGGGGACGACAGUUCUCUUCGGCUCCUUGUACAAGCAGGUGCAGAUGUGUCAGCCAAAUACAGUCCGCCAAUCAGAAAUUGCAUAUGGAACCUCCAUGUCGGCACUGUAAAGACUCUCAUAGACAUUGGAGUGUCGCUGUCCGUCCGUUAUCACAUUAGGGAAACCGACAAGGGCAAGGUGUCGGCGCUUAGUCACGCCGCGUGCAUCGCCCUUGACGAAUCAGUCAAGAAUUACUGGGCGAAAGACACCCUUCAUGAUUGGACUCGUUAUGAUAAGGCGAUCGAAAUAAUCGGAAUUCUCCGGAACGCGGGCGCGAUUGCGCGCGGAUCGCUCACCCAUGUUUAUGGAAGCGAUGGCGAGCAAUCCGCAUCCUUCUACUACGGCGGCAUGUUGCCUGACCUUAUUGCGUUUAAGUGGAACCAAAAAUUAGCAUGUAUUGGGCAUCCUUACUAUUAUGGGGCGACCCCUGAAAUGAGAGCCAAUAUAUUGAAUGAACAACGACGGUUAGAACGCUUGGAGCAACAAACCGCACUAUCAAUCCGACAACCCGCUUCGCAGCCUUCGACAGUGGAGUACCCUAAUGCAACACUGCAACCAUCGCCUUCCUUGUUCCCAACGUCCCAUUACUCACUGAACGAUCAAUCUGCACUGUUUACUGGUCACUUCCCGGGGUCUUCCAAUAACUUACAGUCUCCCCUCAAUUAUUUGUUGUGGAUAGGGAAAGCCGAGCAGCCCCAGCCCGCUCACGACAACCAGCGUAUUUCAGAACCUGCCAGGGGGUCUGCUCGGUCUAUAUAUUCGGAACGAGGAGCUGGCGCGCUGGAUAUAGAAUGUUAA